UAGGUCAACAAUCUGAAUUCGGCCUUGCCUAUAGGCUGACGGAUAUGUCACAUAUGAGUUCUUCCGCUAUCGACAGCUGAAGACGCAAGACAAUCUUUGACAAUUGUUAAAGUUCAUGUUGGCGUUUACAAAGGCAUUGAAGAGACAUAGAAGGAGUCCCAGAUGAACAUGGAGAGCCUGAGCAAGCCAGAGCUGCUAAUGCUGUUCAGUGUCCUGGAAGGAGAGCUGGAAGCCCGUGACCUGGUCAUUGAGGCCCUCAGGGCCCAGCACAGAGACACCUACGUGGAAGAGCGCUAUGGGAAGUACAACCUGAGCGACCCGUUCCUGGCUCUGCAGAGGGACAGCAAUGCCUUGGGAGUGCAGAGGUCUGGGUUCCACCAGGCUGCAGCAUGCUUCAGCCCCCUCGCUGUACUCAAGCUGGUGGUCACCCACUGCAGGAAGAUGCAGGAGAAGAUUCUGGCCCAACUAGCUGCAGCUGAGAGCAGACAGAGGAAGGCCAUUGCAGAUCUGGAGGAAGAGAGGAGAAGGCAUGCAGAGGACACAGCCGAGGGCGAUGAUGUCACUUGCAUCCUGGAAAAGGAGAGGGAACGCCUCUUGCAACAGCUGGAGUUUGAGCGAGGCCAGUUGUGUCGUCUGGAGAAGGAACAGAAGAAGGUCCUGGAGCAGCUGGAGGAGGAGCGGGUGCAGCACAAGCAGCUCUCCUCUGCCCUGGCCAAGGAGUGCAAGUGGGCCAGCCAGCGGGCCCUGGAGGAGGGCCACCGCCUGGCUGAGGCAGGCCGUAGGCUGGAGAAGGAGCAGGGGGAAGUCCUUGCCCUGAGGGCUGAGCUGCAGGAGGAGAGGAGGAGGGCCCUGCAGAUGGAGGCCAGGGUGGAGGAGCAGCUGGCUGAGUUCGAUACGGAGAGGGAGCAGCUCCGCUCCCGGCUCAAGAAAGAGGAGGCCCAGUACUGCCAGCUGCAGGAGCAGGUGGAGGCCCUGAAGAGAGAGCUGCAGGGAGAGAGGGGAGAUGAGGAGGAGAGGAGAGAAUAUCCUGUGGACCCACAACCCAGCCAGGCAGAAGGGGGCGAGACUGAGGAACCUAAAGUCAACGGGCACCAUGACUGCCCCACGGAGGAGCAGGUGCCAUCCCUUCCAUACGGAUUGGGCCAGGACAACUGGAGUGAGAACAGCAGCUCUGUUCUUGGGUCCCCUGCCCUCCUUACCAAAAUUAUAUCCCUCUGCAGCACAGGGACCUCCUCUGUCACCUCCUCCCCAUGCUCCUCUCCUCAGCUGGCCACCAGCCCCAGCUACCAGUCCUCCUACCAGGUAGGCAUCAACCAUCGCUUCCAUGCUGCUCGCCACAAGUUUCAGGGCCACACUGACCCAGAGCAGCAACAGCAGCAGCAGGGUGGAGGAGGGGGUGGUAGCCUGCCUCACUCCCCCAGAGACCUGUCCCCAACCCCUAGCCCAUCCCCUGAGCCCGUCUCUGUCCCUGUCCACAGCCCGGCCAAGCAGCUGGCCCGCAGCACCGUCACCCAGGUCCUGUCCCGCUUCACAGUCCAGCAGGGGGCCAAACCUCCGCCACCCAACAGUUCUCCCUUUGGCACUGACUACCGUAACCUGUCCCCCUCCUCCCCGGUAAUCCCCAGGGCCUCUGGUGCUGCUCUGCCUCUGGGGGUCCGCUCACCUACCAUUCCCCGAGCAGAGAGGGGCAACCCGCCCCCCAUCCCCCCUAAGAAGCCUGCCCUGGCCCAGUCUCCAGCGUCGCCCAUCCCUGGUACCAGAGCCAACCACUUCCCUGAGCUGUCUGGAAGCUGUGGUCUCACCAGGUGCCAGGAGAAUGUUAAAGAGCUGGAUAUGGUGGUGUCCUCCACCAGCUAGUCUAGCCUGCUACUGGGUGCUACUAGCGCUGUGUUCUCUUAUACUGCUCACAUGUUUGUAUGCAGAGAGAUGCUCCAAAGCACUGUCAAGUUAACUUUAUUGGAAUUUUUUGGUCUGUUUCAUUCUACUAUAGCACUAUACACCUAGUUGGAAAAACAUUAGGAACACCUUCCUAAUAUUGAGUUGCACCCUCUUUUAGCCCUCAGAACAGUCUCAAUUUGUUGGGACAUGGACUCUACAAGGUGCAGAAAGCGUUCCACAGGGAUGC